UGUCGUGUCUAGAUGUUUCAAUUCAAUCACAAUAGAACCGGUUCAAUUCACAUUUUCCCAAAAAACCCGGUUCAGUCCCCUCCAUUUGACUUCAGUAAAUAUGAAUUAGAGUUUACGAUUCGACUCUUACCGGGACAAUCGGAACGACGGAGCUCCGGUGGCAGAGAAUGGCUCUGCAUUUGGCUGCUCUGUUUCUCGCCAUCAUAGUUUCGCCACUCUUUGUUUUCUCAACCGAAAACAAGCAGAUCGGUUCUGACCAGCACUUACUCAAUGAUCCAGACGCAGCUAAGCUCAGAAUAUCACAACUGGAAUAUGUUCUUGAGGAGACUACGCAGAAGUUGAAUGCUAAGACUUUAUACUUGGAAGAUCGUGAGAAGUUGAUCCAAGAUGCUGAAAGUCAGAUCCUUGAUUUGCACUCUGCUUCAUACAGCUUCGAGAGCGGCUUACCUUUGGUCCAACAAAGGAUAACCGAGUUGGAAGAAGAGGUUAAACUCUUAUGGGCUGCCUUGAGAACAGCCAACUUCGAGCUUCACGUUUUAGAGGAUAAGGCAAGAGAUGCUGAGGGUCAAGUUAAGGCUACAGCCUUCCAAGUUAAACAGAUGACUGAAGUUGUUACGGAGCAGUGGAUUCAAGUUCAGCAUCUUGAGCAGAUGAGAGAGUUCAGUAAACGAAGGAAUCACAUACCUAGCAAAUGCACUCUCUUGAAGCUCUUGAGAGACAUCCGCUGGGAGGUAAAGAAUGCUUCUCUCUUUGUGCAAUCGUGUCUCACACAAGCCCUGUCCCAGUUAAGAAGCCUCUGGGCAGCUGUUACCAAAUACCACCACCAGUUGCAAGGCUUCAUCAAGCAUGAGAUGGAAAGAAACGAGAUCACAGCAGCUCUUGCAAACAGUGAAGUGGUGUUUUUUAUGGCAUCUGCAUUAAUUACCUUCCCGGUGUUUGGAGCAUGGAUCUUACUCUCUACCUAGUUUUGUAGUAUAAGACAUGAUCAACUGAUGAGUCAGUCUCAUUCAAGAUGGUUUUGCUUCUGUUUAUGGCUCAAAACAUUGUCUAGUUUUAAGCAUUGAGAUCCCUAUGGUCGAUUGCGUCUGUGAGCAAAUCGAUAAUCGGGUAAAUCUCUGGUUUAAACCAGUUAAUUUUGGGUAUGUAGCACAGUUUUCUCAAAGUUCAAUUUUUGGAGUAAGAAAAGAGACGCAACCAAAGAGAUG